CGAGAAUUUAGUCGGAAUUUCGCACCCGGAAAUUUACUUUUUACUUUCUUCGAAUAAAAAUUCUUAUAACAAUCCAAUAAUACUAUUAAAAUGUAAUCAUAAUAUGUCCAAAAACUAUCCAUGUUAUCAUUAGAGCAGUGAUUUAUGUUUAUUUAAUUCAGAAACAAUGGAUUUUUCAAAAAUAUGUCGAACCUGUAUGCAAGGCGAUCCGUCUCGAUUAUUAAAUCCAAUUUUUAUGUCCGAGGAUACACACGACCGGUUUUCAGAUGUUAUUUAUUCAUGUAUAGGAAUUAAGAUCAAGUGUGACGAUGGUCUACCGCAGAACAUGUGUACGAUUUGCAUGAACCUCUUCAACACGACGCUGAAAUUCAGAAAACAAUGUAAACAAGUCGAAACUGAACUCCUUAAGAUCAAAACCGAAUCCCAAUCUGACGAUGAUAUUACCAACGAUGAUCAAUUCCCUACCACCACAACUGAAAACCCACACAACACUAAUCACCAUAAUUCAGUAUACAUCAAUUUAAAUAAAAUAAAAUGUGAAUCUGGUAGCUUCAAAACUGAUGAUGAUGAUUCCAUUAAAUCAUUAAAAUGCAACGACGAUACCGAUGACGAUCAACCGUUAAAAUACUUACAAAAUACAAAUAAUAAUAAAAAUAAUCCCAACGAUGAAAACUACAGAAAUAACGAUAACGAAAGUGAUUUAAGUAACAACGUUUCCAGCAGUACUGUUAAGAGUAAAGAAGUUGUGAAAAGAAAUUACUCGGAUAACGAUAACGAUGGACGUCGAUCUACCAGUGUAACGGAAAUGCCAUAUAUUAUUACUGAAAAUGAUAGAAAAACGAAAAGGGUGGUUUGUAAGCUUUGUCAGAAGGAGUUAUCGAUCAGAAGUAUAGAUAGUCAUAUGGUGAGGAGGCACCCAGGGGCUGAUGAGAGGAAAGUCAAGUGCGAACUCUGUGAUAAAUAUGUGAUGAAGGAUAAGCUGAACAGACAUCGGUUGUUGACGCACGGCGCCGUUGAAGUCAACUGUGGGUACUGCAAGAAGGAGUUUCCAAGUAAAGAGAUUCUGAUCAAUCACGUCGGCACCUGCCCCGCUAGGUACAAGAAGAGGAAGAUGAGUGAAAAUGCUCGAAAGAUAUCUGAAUGCGACAUAUGUAAAAUGAAAAUGCAGCGAGCGAGCCUACAGAAGCAUAAAGCUGUCAAACAUGGUGGCCUGCGACCUGUGUGCGAGGUGCGUGACACUAAUGCCUACGUACGUGGCACUAAUACCUACGUGCGUGACACUUUGGACUCCGUGUGUGACGCUAGGGAGUCUGCGCGUGACGGUAGGGAAUCUAUCAGUGACAGCGUGCUAUUAGGAAAGGGCCACUGCGGCAAGAGUUUUGGCAAUAAGUUUAGACUGAACGAACACUAUCGAGCUAAGCAUGGAUACGAGAAGUUUAAGUGUAGCUACUGCGACUUCCAGAGCGCUGGGAUCAUGGCCAUGCGGAACCACGAACGCCGUCACCGUGGCGAGAAACCUUACGUCUGCGAAGCAUGCGGGGCCAAGUUCCACGCGUCAUAUCUCCUCGUCCAACACAGACAUUCGCAUCGAGCCGAGAAAACUGUUAAGGGGGGAAAAUCAUCAAAUGUCUUCUACCGCCCUGGUAAGAGAAGGACUAUCAGACUCUUAUUGACUAAAAACACCACCGUUCCUUCUCCUGCUUUAGGCCGAGGUCGCGGUGCCUCAUUGCACUUGCCCCGCAACCCCGGCUUAACAUCGGCCCUAUAG